CUCUCUCUCUCUCUCUUCCCCUCUUGAAAUUCGCCUGCGCCUAUCCUUUUCUUGUCCCAUUUCCUUCCGAAUUCCCCGAUCCCUCUGCUCGUUCCUCCUUUGCCCUUCCUCGUAUUUCUCCUCGAAUCCACCUUCCAAUCAUUUCCUCCCUUGGAUUCGGCGAUCCAUAUUUCAUCUUCUUUUCUUGAUUUCUGAAUGUUUUGGAGUUUUCUCAGUUCCUCCCUCCUCGAUCCUUCGAAUCCCUUUCGAGUUAGAUCAGGAUUUUAGUGUUUUUUUCUUCAAAAGUUCCUAUUUUUGUCUGGAUUUUGUUGGGAUUUCUAUUGAUUCGAUUCGUGGAGUGGAAGAAAGAUUGGGAUGGCGGCGGUUCUGGACAAGAUCGAGAGGGCGCAUCAGAUGUAUAGAGAAGGGCAGCACGAGGAGGCGCUAGGGCUCUACACUGAGGCUUUGGCUCUGGCCAAGACCAAGGCCCAGAAGAUCGCCCUCCACAGCAACCGGGCCGCCUGCUAUCUGAAAUUGCACGACUUCAAGAAGGCAGCAGAAGAAUGUACUUCAGUCCUCGAGCUAGAUCACCAGCACACAGGAGCAUUGAUGUUACGUGCACAAACAUUGGUUACCCUUAAGGACUACCAAUCGGCACUCUUUGAUGUCAACCGGCUGAUGGAGCUCAAUCCAUCAUCUGACGUGUACCAGAACCUGCAAGCUCGACUAAGAACACAAUUGUCACUAGCCCCGAUACCUGAAUCUGAGGAAGAAGCGCUGUGCCUUGAAGAAGAUGAAGAAUUCCCUCCAAAACGGGAUACAAAAAUUGAGCUCCCAAGCAGUAAUCCUGGAGUACCUAUAACCCAAACUCCGAACCUCGAGGUUUCAGCUAAUCUGCCUUCCAAACCCAAGGGUUGGGAAGCAAUCCCAAAACCAAAAGGGCAUUCAGGUCUGGACUAUUCUCGAUGGGACAGGGUGGAAGAUGAUUCAAGUGAAGAGGAAGAAGAUGAUGCAGAAGAGCAGCAACCACAGUAUCGGUUUCGUGUUAGAACUGUUGGUAUACGGCCUGUGAAGUGAAUAAGCUCUUGGGUAAAGUUUAAAUGUAAAUAUAUGGAUAUUUGACAAAAGGAUUGCCUGAACAUAAUCAUCCAUGGCCCGUCUAUCUGGUUUGCCUACUCAUACAAGGAGUUAUCUAUAUGUCCAGAAGUGACUGAUAGAAGCUGAUGAAGCUUUUUGCCAGUUCUAGUCGUUUACAAUUUACAUGUCCACAGUUAACUGGCCUCUUGAUGGAUUGGUCCUUGCUGGAGGAUGAGCCAUACAGACUGAUCGCUUAUCUCUGCCUCAUCCUUAACAGAAAUAUGGGACCCUUUAAUUCAAUUACUCAGGGAACAUUCUGCUUUAAAAACAUGUCUUACCAACAGUGACCAUAAUUCUGCAACCUGUUACAGUUCAUUAAUCGCAUGGGAGAGAUCACAUUUAUUUCUGGGGGUAAGGAAUCUUGUUCGCAGGUGUAAUAUUUAAUUAUUUUAGAGAUGUCGAGGUUGAUGUAACUUGAAGGGUAGAUUUGUGUGUUGAUCCUUCUAUUACCCCUCCCUUAACUGACAUCAGAGUGCCACUUUUCUGUAAUUAAUUCGAAUAUGAAGUUCUGUUCAUGCUUUCAGCCC